AUGUCAAACACGCAAGUUAGAAGUUCAAUCGACACUGCCCUGGAUAAGGUUGCUGAGCAACUCCGCGAAUUGAACCAUGCUAUCUGGUCCAACCCCGAACUUGCGUACGAAGAGCACCAAGCUCACAAUAACAUCUGCGACUUCCUGGAAAGCCAAGGAUUCGCCGUAACACGACAUGCCUACGGUGUUGAGACCAGCUUCGAAUGCAUUAGUGGCACGGAAGGCCGCAUGGUCAAUUUUAAUGCCGAAUACGACGCGUUGCCUGACAUUGGACAUGCCUGUGGACAUAAUCUGAUUGCUACCAGCAGCAUUGCGGCAUUUUUGGCUUUGAGCCAUCUGCAGAAGGAGUUUGGAAUUGGCGGUCGCAUUCAGUUGCUCGGCACACCCGCGGAGGAAAAUGGGGGAGGCAAGGCCAAAUUGCUUGACACUGGAGCUUACAAGCAGGUUGAUGUUUCCCUGAUGGCUCACGGAGGACCGAAGAAGAUGGUUGGAAUUCCUGCCGACGGUGUAGCUGGCGUCCUCAUGAAUGCCCGCAAGGAGCUUUGGGUGGAGUACUUUGGAAAUAACGCACAUGCCGGAGGAAACCCAUGGGAGGGUGUUAAUGCGCUGGAUGCUCUGGUGACCGCAUACAACGCAGUCUCCACCUUGAGACAGCAUAUCCUCCCCGAUGAACGAGUACACGGUGCAUUUUUGGAUGUGCCUAAGGUUGCCAACAUCAUUCCCGCAUACACGAAGUCUUAUUGGCAGGUCCGGAGUCCUACUUUGGAUGGGAUCAACAAGCUUAUGGCGAGAGUUCGUCGGUGUAUGGAAGGUGCUGCUACCACCAGCGGCUGCACAUUGAAGAUUGCAGAAGAGGGACUUUAUACCGACAUUGUCCUGAACGACACUCUUUGCGAGCGAUAUACCACCCACAUGGAAGGAUAUGGUAAAACCAUCAUUAAAAAGUACGAUAAGGUCUUAACCGGUUCCUCCGAUGUUGGAAACGUCAGCUAUGCUGUUCCCACACUUCACUCUACGUUUGCCAUUCCAACACCUGAGGGCUCCUACCCACAUCAUCCUUCCUUUACUGCCUGUGCUGGUACUGAUGAAGCUCACCAGGAGGCCGUUAUUGUUGGCAAAGGGCUGGCUCUCCUUGGCUGGGACAUGUUGAUCAAUGACAAGCUCUUCGCUGCUGCUAAGUCUCAAUGGGAAGGACAAAUGCCGAGCAAGGUCGACAACUGA